AUGUCAAUAACGUCUGUCCAUUGGUUGUCAAGGACUGCAACCACCUUCAAAGACUCAAUUUACAAAGAUGCCAAGAGUAGUACUGAGGAGACGGCUGCACUAAACAAGCAAGCGGAGUUGGACUGGGAGAUGUUUUUACUGAGAAGAAGUAGAGAACUGAAACGGGGAGGCUUACUUGUCGUAGGUACCUGCGCUGAAUUUGAGGACAGAAACACUGGAGAAAAUAGAUACAUGCUGCAAUCGUUCAUAGGUCUACUGACUGAGGUAUGGAAAGAAUACAGUAGAACUGGUAAAAUCACCAAAGAUGAGUUAAUAAAUACAAAUUUGUCCUUCUGCUUUCCUAACAUGGAGCAGGUCAGAAAACCAUUCGAUGACAAAACGUUACCCGUUUCAAGGUCAGGAUUAAGUCUCUUGUCAGCUGAAGCUGUUGUGAACCCUGAUGUAUUUUACAACGAUUGGAGAGAGAAGAAGGACAAAGAAGGAAUUGAUGACAGGGAGGAGUUUGCCAGGAUGUACGUGUCUGCUCACAGGAACUGGAGCAACAGUACUUUCAUGAAUGGUCUCUCAGAUUCCCGAUCACUGGAGGAGAAGGAGCAGAUACUUGAUGGGCUGUACGACGACGUGAAGAAACGUAUUUCAAGGAUGGACCCCGAAAUAUUCAAGGACGAUUUGAGAUUUAUAUAUCUCGUGAUCAGAAAAGAAUAA